CCUGAAAUCACCCGCCUGCCUUGCCUCCAGGCGACUGGCCCGCUGCUGACGUUGCACUUGCACGCCUCCACGUCGACGGCUCCAGUCCCCUCGCGCUCUCUUCCGCUCUCAUCAAUCAUCUUGCCAUCUCCUCACCCAUCACUCUCUUUUCCAUCUCUCCUCACACUCAUCCCUCCUUCUCCAUGCGCCCUCAAAACGUCGUCUCCGCAGCCGGCACCGGCGCCCUCAUGCUCGCCGCCUCGGCCGUUGCCUCCGAGGUGGCUUUCACUCCCAGUCACGCCAAGGCGCCGUUCGUCGAGCAGUUCCUCGAGGCCCAGAUUCCAGAGUCGCGCUGGACCGUGUCCCGCGCGACCAAGCAGACCCCCGUCGGCGAUGAGACCAUGUCCUACGUGGGCACCUGGGCGAUCGAGGAGCCAGAGGUCUUUCCUGGCCUCAAGGGCGACAUGGGUCUUGUUCUGAAGUCCAAGGCGGCGCACCAUGCCAUUUCCACUCUCUUCCCCAAGCCCAUCGACCCCAAGGGCAAGCCCCUUGUUGUCCAGUACGAGGUCAAGCUCCAGAAGGGCCUCGAGUGCGGCGGCGCCUACAUCAAGCUCCUCACCGACUCGUCCGAGGGCGGCAUGAAGGCUGGAGAGGAGUACACUGACAAGACGCCGUUCACCAUCAUGUUCGGUCCCGACCGCUGUGGUCAGACCAACAAGGUGCACUUCAUCUUCCGCCACAAGAACCCCGUCACGGGCGAGUGGGAGGAGAAGCACUUCGCCAACCCCCCUCUUCCCAAGAUUACCAAGACGACUGCCCUGUACACCCUCGUCGUCAACCCAGACAACACCUUCAAGAUCCUCAUCAACGACGAGGAGGUCUCCUCGGGUAACCUUCUCGAGGACUUCACCCCUCCUGUUAACCCGCCCGCCGAGAUCGACGACCCCGAGGACAAGAAGCCCCAGGACUGGGUCGAUGUCGAGCAGAUCGAGGAUGUCACGGCUACCAAGCCCGACGACUGGGACGAGGAUGCGCCCAUCAUGAUUGUCGACACGGACGCUGUCAAGCCCGACGACUGGCUUGAGAACGAGCCUCUUGAGAUCGCCGACCCGGACGCUGAGAAGCCCGAGGAGUGGGAUGACGAGGAGGACGGUGACUGGAUCGGCCCCACUAUCCCCAACCCCAAGUGCGCCGACAUCUCGGGCUGUGGCCCAUGGACUCAGCCCAAGAUUCGCAACCCUGCUUACAAGGGCAAGUGGGUGCGCCCCAUGAUCGACAACCCGGACUACAAGGGACCAUGGGCUCCUCGCAAGAUCCCCAACCCCGCGUACUUUGAGGACAAGCGACCCGCUGACCUCACCCCUAUCGGCGGUGUCGGCAUCGAGCUCUGGACCAUGACCGAGGACAUCCUCUUCGACAACAUCUACAUCGGCCACGACGAGAAGGAGGCUAAGCAGUUCGCGAAGGAGACCUUCCACAUUAAGCAGCCCCUGGAGAAGGAGGCCGAGGGCUCAAUCGAGGAGGACGAGGAGGAGGCGCCCCUCACGUUUGCCGACAAGGCCCGCGUUCGCCUGUUCCAGUUCAUCAAUCUCGCGCAGAUUGACCCCGUCGGCGCCCUCAAGGCCAUGCCCGAGGUUCCCGGCGUCCUUAUUGCUCUUGUCGCGGGUCUUGUUGGUCUCAUCGCCACCCUUCUCGGUCUCACCUCGGCUGCCAAGGAGCCCACCAAGCCUGUUGUCACGAAGAAGGCGACCGUCAAGACUGCGCCCGCCCCCGUGGCCCCCGUGCCGCCCCAGGUCCAGGCUCAGGCCCAAAUCGAGGAGAUCAACGACGAAGACGUGACCGUGAAGAAGCGCACCACCCGUAGCAGCCAGGAGUAAAAGGCUUGCGCUAGUGUAGCAACAGCCUGCGAAUAUACGACGUGGUCUAGUAGAGAUGCGUCGAGAUGUAUCUAUGUCACUAAAUGUGAGGAUAGAGCAUGAGAUGGUAUAUCGCCCUGGGGACGUGUG